AUGACAGAUAUCAAGAGAAACUUUUCAGAAAUAUAUGGAAAUUCUCCUGCUUCAUCAUCUUAUGAUACCCCUCCUCCUGAUGGACAUGAUGAUAAGAAAUUACAUACUAAACCAGGAAGAAAACCUAUAGAAACUGAACCUAAAUCAAAAAGAACUGCUCAAAAUAGAGCUGCUCAACGUGCUUAUCGUGAACGUAAAGAACGUAAAAUGAAAGAUUUAGAAGAUAAAGUUAAGAAUUUAGAAGAUAAGAAUAUUAAAGUUACUACUGAAGCUGACUUUUUGAAGGCUCAAGUUGAAAUGUUAAAGAAAGAAUUAUCAAGGUAUAGAGGUCAUACUGAUUUUAGUGAUUUGCAUUUACCUACUAAAGUUGGACAUUUAUCUAAUCCAAAAACUGGUGGCUAUGUUCCAACUUUUGAAAAUAAUAAUACUUCCAAUAAUGAUGAAUCAUCUGCAUCUUCUGUAAAAUCUGUAUCUGAUCAUCCGUCUACUUCCAGUUCAGCUACUGAUAACUCUCCUCAUCAACAACAAUUUUCGAUUGAUUUUCCUUGGUCAAAGGAUAAUUUAAGAAAUAGUUCAUCAGCUUCUGCUAAUCAACAGCAACAAGUUCCAGAUUUAGUAUCAGGUUCAUCUUCAUCUACAUCUCCAUUAAAUGAUAAUUUAUUGGUAUCUCCUGAUUCAUCAGUUACUUCAGGUCAUACUAAUUCUAAUAUAAUAGCAUCUAAUUUGGAUUUCACAACCACUUUUGAAGAACAAGUUGAUCCAUUUUGUGUUAAAUUGAGUGAGGCUUGUGGUACUAAGCAAUGUCCAGUUCCAAAAUAUAAGAGAAGUGAUUCUAAAGGUUCAGUAUCUACUAAUGCCCCAAUACUAGGUGGUGGACAAGAUCAACAACAACAUGCUCAAUCUCAAAAUAAUGCUCAAUCUCAUCGUGCUUCUCAAUCAUUAAAUCAAUUUAACUCUCCAUUUUCAAAUUUAGUAACUCCAACACCAAAUCAAUUAGGUUCUGAUUUGGAUUAUUUAAAUGAUCCAUUCUUUAAUGGUACAGCUGAUGGAUUUAAUUUUGAUUUAUCCAACAAUAAUAAUAAUAAUAGUAAUAAUACUAUAAAUCAUAAUUCUAUAUCAUCAUCUGUAUCAUCUAUUAGCACAUCAAAUCAUAAUAAUACCAAUAUCACCAACAACAACAAUACUCCAGCAACUACUACUUCCAACGCUUCUAAUAAACAAAACAAUGAUCCAUUACUGUUCCUUAAUGAUAAUAAUUUUGAUGUUAGUCUUGCAUUUGCUGACCCUAGUUUACAACAGCCUAGGCAUAGUAUCGUCGAUGACUUUGACCCUAUUUCCUUAUUAACUACUGAAGAAUCAAUUUAUGAUCCUUUAAAGAAUAAUAGCAAUAAUAAUAAUGGAAACAAUGGUAAUUCUAGUAUAAAUGUUAACUUUAAUUUUAAUGAAUUUGUUAAGAGUUCAUUACCAUCAGAAACAACACCAAAGGAUAGAAACUAUACUACAACUGCAUCUGUUGUUGAUGUUCAAGAUGUGGCUGCUGAUGAUGAUGAUGAUGAUAAUCUUGUCGUUCCAGCUCCUGCUGAAUCUAUGAGAUGUAGUGAGAUUUGGGAUAGAAUCACUGCCCAUCCAAAGUAUACUGAAAUUGAUAUUGAUUCAUUAUGUAAUGAAUUGAAGAAUAAGGCUAAAUGUUCCGAAAAGGGAGUAGUAAUUAACUCUGCUGAUGUAAAUCAAUUAUUGGAACAAAGUGCCAUGUUGAAACGUUGA